AUGCCUACGCUAAGUGAAUUCAGACAACAACUUGUAGCCAGAGCAAUGGUGAAUUUUGACUCAGAUGAAGACGGCUCUGCGAACCAAUCAGAGCCUGAGUUUGGUUACAAGCUUCCUCCACCUCCACCACCUCACACAUCUCCCAUUGAGCUGUGGCGGGCUUUGGAUUCUUACAGCACGAGUAUGCAAAACAUGUUGCUGAACUGA